AUGUCUCUCCAAAGCCCCAAAGUGGUGCCAGUCUCCGAUGAAGAAGUUGAGAUUGGAAUCUUGAACUCAACCGACUCAAACUUUCCAGUCAAGUAUCAGCGUAAAGCGAGAGCCAGCGAGGUUCUCUUUUUGGGAUUCUCGUCUCUGGGUGCCAUCUAUGGUGAUAUUGGAACCAGUCCUUUGUACACUGUCUCGACCAUCUUGUCGUCAUCCUCUUCUUUGAAGAAGAGCGACAUCUAUGGCUCAGCCUCGUGUAUCUUCUGGAUCUUCACCUUGGUGGUCAUCGUAAAAUACGCCUUGAUUGUACUCUUCCUGGGCCCGAACAACGGCGAAGGAGGUCAGGUAGCUAUCUACGCCAAGAUAGCCAGAACCCUCAAGAUAGGACCUCGCGGAGUAAAGAUUCCAGGGGUAGGAGUUGGUGGAGGAAAGGCUGCAACUGCUCUGUCAGACAUGGAUGAAGAUCUGCUAACACUGACCAGAACAGCCACUGGAGCAUCUGCAACAAGUAACAGGAAUGAGGGCGCUUUCAUCAAGAGUCUUUUGUCAGUGCCGAUUCUCGUUCUUUGUUUCAUCGGAUGCAGUUUGGUAAUUUCAGAUGGUUUGCUGACUCCAACUACAUCGGUUCUGUCUGCAGUUGAUGGCAUUGCAGUCGCGGCUCCUUCGCUUGAAAGCAAGGUGUUACCAAUUUCCUGCGUCAUUUUGUUGUGCCUAUUCAUUGCUCAGAGCCUUGGGUCUGGGAAGAUAUCCAUUCUGUUUGCACCCGUGAUCUUCAUUUGGUUCAUCUGUAUCUUCGUUAUGGGAUGCAUAAACAUCAACCUCCACCCAGACAUCAUGAAAGCAUUGAGUCCAGUUUACGCAAUCGACUUUUUGAAAGAUAAAGGUGAUAUCGACACAUUGGCAGGCGUAAUGCUUGCAGUGACAGGUACAGAAGCCAUGUUUGCAGAUAUUGGCCAUUUUGGAAAACUUCCAAUCCAACUAACGCUGAUAUUCUUCGUGUAUCCAUGUCUCAUGUUGACAUACUUGGGUCAAGCCGCCUUUCUCAUGGAGCAUCCUGAUGCGGUUGAAAACAUUUUUUACCGUUCCAUCCCCGGAGGAGUAGGAAGCGGGUUUUAUUGGUUCGUGUUUGUGAUUUCCACCCUUGCAACAGUCAUUGCAUCACAGGCUCUUAUUCUUGGUGUGUUUUCCAUUGUCAAGCAACUCAUUAUGCUGGACUGUUUUCCAAGAUUUAAGGUCUUGCACGUAUCUGCCAAGAACACCGGCCAGAUCUUCAUUCCAGUUGUUAAUUACAUGCUCAUGGUUGGAGUCAUCUGUACCACAGUUGGAUUUAAGACCAGUGCUGCAGUGACAGCAGCUUAUGGACUUGGAGUUGCCCUGGAUUUCUUUGUCACAACGAUUCUCAUCAGCAUUGCUAUGAUCUGGGUGUUUAAAUUCAAGUUCAUUAUUCCGUUAGUGUUUUUCGCUGCUUUUGGAGCUCUUGAAUGUACACUGGUAGCUUCUGGUCUGAAGAAGGUGGUUCAUGGAGCCUGGUUUCCACUCAUGAUGACCGUGAUCAGUUUUACUUUCAUGAGUUGCUGGCGCUGGUUCCGCAGUUUGAAAGUGAACAACGAGCUGGAUAGUGUCAAAAGCGUUCAAGACAUGUUUGUCCUCAAGGCACCAAGGGGUGAGGAAGUACUGGAUUUGAAACGCCCUAACAUUGCUGGUAGGGAAUUUGAGAUCCUACCUGAGAGUGAAGCUUCAGAAGAAGAGGAUAUCGAAGAGGAUAUCAAUGAGGGCUUCUUGCUGUUCAAGAAUGGAGUGAACGAAAUCCCUAUAAGCAGAACCAAGUCCGUUGCAUUCCUCUAUAGCCAAACGUCCGUCCCUCUCACCGCCAGGAAAUUCUUGCCUGAGUUGUUGUCCGACAUUCUUUCCAUCUUCCAAACUUUGCCUCAGGUUCUUGUUGUGGUUGAAACACGCGUGGGAACCGUGCCAAACCUAGAGCCUCACGAACGUAUCUCCCUUCAGAAGGUGGAAGCAAUUGACGGAGUUUAUCGUUGUAUCAUUCGUUCUGGUUUCAUGCAAUCGUCUGAGAUCGACAACUCUCUUGUGAACCACAUUUUGGGUAAGAUUGAAGAAACCAGAACUUUUGGCCCAAAAAUACUUGGAACCGACAUGCAACUCAAUACUCCUCUGGUGCACCUUUUCGAGAAGGAGGUGCUGAAAGCCAGAGGGUUCACCACCACAAGUAGCAAAUGGCUGAACAUCAUCAGGAGACCAGGUCAUCUCACGCGCUCCAUGGUUAUCGACCAUUUCCUGGUUCCUUUGAACUCAGCAUUCCAGGGUCUGGAAGAGAUGCUGAAGAUCGAUAACCAGGAUAAGAACCAGGAGGUGAUCUUUAUCGGAAAGAAGACGAAUAUUUGA